AUAUCUGAAGUUCCUAAAUCAGUUAAAUUUUCUAUUGUUAACAAUGCCGUGUAUGUCCAGUAGCUAGGUUGAAUAUCAUAAUCAACAACUGACCAGAGGAAGACCUGAAGUUUUUAAAGCUAGUAAUGCGAAUUAAUAAAGGCCGAGAACGGUGUUGAGGACGACAGAAACACCAUCUUUUGACUUGAAGAUUGAGGAACGUGCGACAGCCCAUUCCGAGCUCUAGUGGGCCUGCUAAUGGCUCUGAGAUGCAGGAAGAACCAUCUCGAUGUGCUAAGUGUCGUUAUUACUGUAGGACUGGUUCAACGUUUGUUUUUUCACACAUCGGUCUCUGUGGCUUAGUGGUGGGUUAUACCAUCAUGGGAGCAUUCACUUUCGAAGCCCUUGAAGCUCAGAACGAACAAACAAAACGUGAAGAAAUCAGGAACAAACGGUCAGCAAUGGUAGAAGCCCUGUGGGAUAUCACGGCAGAAACGAGUGUGUUGCACGAGGCCAACUGGACAAAACAAGCAGCAUCUGCGCUCAGGGAAUUUGAGUGGACCUUGAUAAAAGCCGUUAGGAAAGAAGGUUAUGACGGAAAGGACGAGCCUCCUUUGCAGUGGAAUUUUUCUGGUGCACUGUUAUACUCCAUUAUUGUCAUCACAACUAUAGGUUACGGAAACAUAGCUCCCAAGACGCCAUGGGGUAAAAUGGUUACCAUCCUAUACGCCAUUAUUGGGAUACCGCUUAUGCUCUUGUGUUUGUCAAAUAUAGGGGACGCCAUGGCUCAUUCUUUUAAGUUCAUCUACUGGAAGGUUUGUUGUUACUUAUGUAUCAAGCCACGCAAAAAGCGCCGAGGAAACAGGCCUUCUUUUCGCCAUAGUGCACGAUAUUCGGCUGGCCGGAAUCCUUUCUUGGACUACGGAAAAAACCCAGAAUUCGUAGACACCAUCAGUCGAAGUAGCUACUACACCGCUCCAGGUGAAGGGUUAUCGGUUAGUGAUUAUAGUCCCCAUUCUCCUACUUCGCCACCUACUUCCCCUACCUCUCCUACUUCUAUCGGACUAGGCUCCCCUCGGUUUCCAGCACCCCCUCAGGGGAGACCCUACAGUGAUAUCAACCAGGUACCGGUGAUACCUAACAAGUAUGUACUUCAGGGUAGAGAAGAUGUCUCAUUUGGCUUGUCUACUCCAACUGGAGUGCGAACAGAGCAACCUAGCCUAUAUAGCCCACCCACCAAGUCCAGACGUGCGGACCAGUGUAGUUGGGGAAACCGUCGACAGGCGGAGCCUGUAGAGUUAGACCUCAUGGAGGAGGAAUCUGGGUCGGAAGAUAGCGAUGAUGAAAAAGAAGAAGUUACUGUUCCUAUCUGGUUAUGUUCAGCAGUUGUGAUUGGUUAUAUUUGUGGUGGGGCGGUCCUUUUCACUAUCUGGGAGGGCUGGAACUUUUUAGACAGUUCAUACUUCUGUUUCGUUACAUUAACAACCAUUGGAUUUGGAGAUCUGGUCCCUGGUACAGCCGUAUUGUCGGAAGAUGCCCAAUUAACCCUAGGAUUGUGCGCCCUCUACCUACUGUUUGGCAUGGCACUUCUGGCAAUGUCCUUCAACUUGGUACAGGAGGAGGUAACUAAGUCAGUAAAGUGUGUGGGGCGGAGAAUCGGAAUACUCUCAGACGAAGAGGACGAUAAUUGAUAUUGAACCUGAUAUUCCAGAAAAAUGUGCAAAUAACUAAAUUUAUUACACGCUGAUGUGCUUGUAUAAUUUCCAGAUGCGUGUUUUUAUCAUGAGAUACUUUGAGUCACGAUCGUGUAAUCAAGAGCAGAAGCAGGAAGAAAAGACAAACACCGAAAGCUUGGUACAUCUUAUACCUGUAAGUUAUGAACAAUAACAAGAGAUCUGUAGGGUAGAUCCGAAUUAAGGGGAAAAAAUAACAAAAACCACAGACUCCAUGCUAAAAAAAACCGUUGCGAAGAAAUAACUUGGUUGUAGAAGUAGACAAACACUGUUGAGAGUGGUUGGUGAGACGCAGACAAACACUGUAAUAGGCAAUAACAGGAAUGUAUCAAAGUUCGUCACAAUCACCUUGGGGAUUUUGGUAUUUGAUUUUACACAGCAAAAAAA